GUUUUCAGUCCAAGCAAUAGUGUGUAACGGAACGACGGCGUUUGAUUGAGAUUAUCCGGAAGAGUUGAAAAUAGACAAAAAGAAGAGAAGACGAACUGUGAAUCGUGAAGACGGAGACGAGAACAAAAAUGACAGAAGCUUGCGUAAGGGCCGUGGUGGAAUCUAUACACUCUUCUCCCACACAGGCCGUCCUCUACCUCUCCGGCGGCGCUUCUCUCGCCUUAGGGAUUUUGAUGUCAGUUCCUGGAGCUUCAAACACGGUUCUGGAAGCUGUUGUACCGUACUCUAGAAUGUCCAUGAUCCAAUUACUUUCCAAGAUUCCUGCUCAGUACUCUAGUCAACAAACUGCUGAUGGAAUGGCUUUGCUUGCUUAUAAUCGCGCGCUGAAGCUUUCUUCUCCAGGUUCGCCAGUUCUUGGUGUUGGCUUUACAGGUUCUUUGGCGACCUCUCGUCCAAAACUGGGGGACCAUAGGUUUCACUUGUCAACAAGAACCUCUGAUAGACAUUGGGCAUCUACAGUUACUCUAUCAAAGGGCUUGAGGAGUCGAGAUCAAGAAGAAAAGGUUUCAAGUUACUUCCUACUUAAGGCAAUCGCUAAUGCCUGCAAAGUCUCUUCAACAUUUGAUUCAGAGUUUACUGAAUCUGAUGUUGCUGAAGAAUUUGAAAGGUUCUUUGAUGAAGAUCAGGAGUUAGAGCAACUUAUAAACAGGCAAAUUUGCUUUAAGGUUUAUCCGUUUUCAAGUGAUAAGUCAAACAGUGAUAGGAAGAUUAUACUCUCUGGAUCCUUUAAUCCGUUACAUGAUGGCCAUAUCAAGCUCUUGGAAGUUGCCACUAGCAUUUGUGGCGAUGGGUAUCCUUGCUUUGAAUUAUCUGCUAUUAAUGCUGACAAACCUCCAUUGUCAAUACCACAAAUCAAAGAGCGUGUUAUGCAGUUCGAAAAAAUUGGAAAGACAGUAAUAGUUUCCAAUCAGCCUUAUUUCUAUAAGAAAGCUGAACUUUUUCCGGGUAGCGCUUUUGUAAUUGGUGCUGACACUGCAGUGAGGCUUAUUAAUCCUAAAUACUAUGAUGGGAGCUAUACUAGGAUGAUAGAGACACUCUCUGGAUGUAAAAGAACAGGAUGCACCUUCAUCGUGGCUGGUCGGAAUGUCGAUGGUUCUUUUAAGGUUCUUGAGGAUUUCGAUGUUCCUGAGGUGUUGAAAGAUAUGUUUGUCCCAAUACCAGCUGAAAGGUUCCGAAUGGAUAUAUCCUCAACUGAAAUAAGGAAAAGCCGCGGUGUGUAACACUUAUUUUUAUUUCAUUUUAGAACUCAAUAAGCAUGGCAUCCUUAAUCAUUAUCUGUAUUUUUAUUGAUCAUUGAGAGUGCUUGAGCAUGGCGCCAAACCGUGAAUGAAAAAGUGGCCAGGUACACUGGUAAAACUAUUAUGUUCAAUUACAAGUUUCAUCA